AGAAUAAGAUGCAGAUUGAAUUUGACAGGAACAUUGGAAAUGGAAGAGAGAAUGAUAAUGGAGAAAAUAAGAGAGCAUCUUCAGCUGAGCGAAGACGUUGACGUCGGCGACGCACCGCGAAAAGUAGAGAAAGGAAGAAGCUUCUACGAGGAUUUCAGCCUCAGAGGCAUCCGAGUCAACCGAGUCGACCCUGGUUUCGUUUCCUGCUCUUUCAAGGUUCCUCUCCGUUUGACGGACAGAGAAGGGUAUCUAGCAAAUGGUGCAAUUGCAAAUCUUGUUGACGAAGUUGGUGGAGCAGUUGUUCAUGUAGAAGGUUUACCUAUGAAUGUUUCGGUGGACAUGUCCAUUGCUUUCCUUUCAAAAGCUAAGCUUGGUGAGGAGCUGGAGAUAACAUCGAGAGUGAUGGGAGAGAGAGGAGGUUAUAAAGGAACGAUCGUUGUUGUGAGAAACAAGGUGACCGGAGAGAUUAUUGCUGAAGGUCGCCAUUCUUUGUUUGGCCGACAACCUAGUAAGCUCUGAGCUCGAAUCUUUCUCUCUUGGUAUUACUUUGUAAAAGAUUAUCUUAAAACUUGUUUCCCCUUUUGUGUUGGGUUAUUUUCUCUUUUUUUUUUUUCUUUUUUUUUCUGAUUGUGAAAAUGAAACCUUUGUAUGUAGAUAGUUUAUAAAAGCUAAAACCUUUGUGGACUUGUUGAAUCAUCUUAUAAAGUAGAAUAAUUUGUGUUGCGUUCAACUCAUUGUAGACUAAUUUAAUAGCAAAAAGUAGAAAUUUAGAAAGCAGAUAUUUUGCCAACACAUAGGCAGUACAUAUAUUAAGCUAACAGGUUAGUUUCUACUGAGAUGGAGAACCAGUAACAGCAGCAUCAGAAGAUUGCUGAGAGGAGGAUCCUGAUGUUGCACCCGAGACAACGUCAGGUGUUGGAGCAGAAGCUGAAGGCUUAGGAGGAGGAUCUGGUUUUUGUGGGUAUAAGGAUGAGUCGCUUGUGGGUGGGCCUUGGUGGUAAUAACAGAACAUUAAAAGACUGUAGUUUGCUUGCCCAUAGUUAUGGUUUUUAGUGUUCUGCUGGGAUAGCUGCUCUUCUGUUUCAGGCAUCUCAUAGCGGUAUGUAGAAACUACAAUAUGUGCUCGGUUUCUCUUGUAGUAUGGUGUUGUUCUUUGAUGUGAUGAGAAGUUGAGAACCGACCACAUAUAUCAAUUCGAACAUACAAUAUCUGUUUCUCUAAAUUUCUAAGAACAUAAUGUUCGUUACUGAAACAGAC